CGCUAAUCGCAAUCUGAGGCAAUCAUGGGCAAUGCUUCGUCGUCGGGACGAAGCCACCACGAUGAGACCGUCGACUUCGGCUACCUCACCCCUCAGGGCAUCUACACCGGGCCUAGGGACUGGAACCAGGCUGUCGUCACCCAACUCAUCAUUGACAGGAAGCUAGCGCCAUUUUACAGACCGCUUGAAGAUUACGAUGAAUCCUGGGAUGACGAGCAAAUUCUUGCGGCUAUGAAAGAACCGCCCCAGGCUGAGGGUGCCGACGGCAGCGAAUCCAGCACGCGAGCGGACUCAGGCUCACUUCAUUCUACUACGUCCCGCACGCACCAUAAACGACCAAGUGCUACUGCGAAAGAGCAGCAAGCCCGUCAUUUGGAAGCUGGUGUUUACCGUGGAGCGAUCGAAUGCCCUAUUUGUUUCCUGUACUAUCCUCCUAAUAUCAACCACUCUCGUUGUUGUGACCAAGCUAUCUGCACAGAAUGCUUUGUGCAGAUAAAGCGUGCAGACCCGACCACCACACAUCUUGUCUCGGAACCCGCAUCAUGUCCGUACUGCGUGCAGGAGAACUUUGGUAUCGUUUACAUCCUACCGUCUUGGCGCGCUGGCAUGAACAGUGAAGGCUGGCCGCCUCCACCGUGGUCGAUGUCUGGCGGUCAGCAACAACAAGCGCAGGAAUCCCCUCAUACCUCCAUGAAACGGCGACGCAAGAGUUUAGGCGCAGACAGUCCAGAAGUCGUCACAAUCGAUCAAAUUCGCCCAGACUGGGAGGCGAAAUUGGCGGCUGUGCGGGCAGCGGUAGCCCGUCGCGCGAACCGGAGGAUCAUCAUGCGCCAAGUUGGGGAUAGACUCAUUCCUGUCGGAAUCAGCAGUGGGCGUAUACACGCCCUCAAUCCCGAAGAAGUUGCCGGAGCGGAGGGAGAAGGCGGAAAUAAUGAGCGCGGUGGCAGGCGGUCUAGGCGGCGGAAUCAAAAUCCAGAUCUUAACCAAUAUCUCGGUCAAAUGGGCCUCGCUGGUCAGGAUCUUGAAGAGCUCAUGGUUAUGGAAGCGAUGAGGUUGUCACUUCUUGAAGAAGAGGAGCGACAACGUAAACAGAGGGAAGAGGAAGAAAAGAAGCGUAGAGAGCAGGGCGGUACAGCUGAGCUGACGACAGAAGGCUCUGGACUGGGCUCAUCAUCCACAGCCGCAUCUACUACUAGUACUACACCACCAGCGCAAACCUCGCCUGGAUUACUCUUGCCAACGUCUGGUGGCCCAAUCAGUCGUCCUCGUUCUUCCUCAUCUGAUUCGCGCCGCUCAGGGGAACCAUCCUCUGGGCCAGGCAGCCAGCGAUCACAUUCCCCCGCGAGCGCAAUUGGUGCCGCUAUUCGGAGUGCAACGAAUACUGCCAGUGCCGUUAGUUCUCCGCCCAGAGAGCAUGAAGUCCCCGGGCUGGUUGCGUCCCAAGUCUCAUCACCGGAGGUCGCGUCCCCUGAUUUGGCGAGGCUUGAGCUUCCGGCUAACCAUACAAACGACUCGGCAGCGAUCUUUACGAUUACACCUCCGGAGGGCAACACAAUUGACCUGCCCGUAACCACGCCAGAGGACGAUGGUGCACGACCAGAAGACACACCGACAAGAUCAACCCAACCGUUGCCAGUUCAGCGGAACAUGUCCUUCACAUCGUCCAUUGACCCACGGACGGACGGCGAAUCGUAUGAUUAUCUGCCAUCCUCGCCGGGUUCAUCUACGUCCUCACUAGCACAGAAGCCCCUACUAGACUCACCAUCGAUGCCUCCGCACGCUUCCGGCGCCAUCGAGCGCAGCGCGAGCACGAGCUCCUCGUAGGCAUAAUAAACAGAACGGGCUUGUUCGCGUGUAUAAUAUUCUUUGAGCCGCUGUCUCACAGGACUUGAUGAGUUCGUAUGAUUUCUACCUCCUUUGUUGGCGACGCUCUCCUACCUCAUUCCUGUCUGUAUUUUAUACUUAGAAUCUCUGCUUUCCACCUCUAGCACACUCACUCUCCUGCUGUUUGUUUGCGCCCUGCAGUGUUCGGCCUGCCUACCGCCGCAGAACUAUAAGUG